UCAACCUUAACAACCAUGAAAAUCCCACUUUUACUCACUCCUUUGGCUCUCUUCCUCCUCUUCUCCCUAGUCCAAGGUCUCAACCCCAAAUGUGAUGACAAGGACCAUGGCUCAACCCUCCAAGUGUUCCAUAUCUUCAGUCCUUGUUCCCCAUUCAGGCCAUCAAAGCCAAUGUCAUGGGAAGAGAGUGUCCUAGAGCUGCAAGCCAAGGACCAAGCCAGGAUGCAAUACCUGUCUAGCUUGGUUGCUAGGAAAUCAGUUGUGCCAAUUGCCUCAGGAAGGCAAAUUAUACAGAGCCCAACAUACAUAGUGAAGGCCAAGAUUGGUACCCCAUCUCAGACCCUUCUCAUGGCCAUGGACACUAGUAAUGAUGCUGCUUGGGUCCCUUGCACUGCUUGUGUUGGUUGCUCAUCAACCACCUUUGCUCCUGCUAAGUCCACCACUUUCAGGAACCUUCCCUGUGGUGCUCCUCAAUGCAAGCAGGUAACCAACCCCACUUGCGGUGGAAGCGCGUGCACUUUCAACUUCACCUACGGCAGCUCCACCGUGGCAGCUAACCUGGUCCAAGACACAUUGACCCUAGCCACUGACCCAGUUCCAGCCUACACCUUUGGGUGCAUUCAGAAGACAACAGGGAACUCGGUACCCCCACAGGGGCUAUUAGGCCUGGGCCGAGGCCCAUUGUCUCUUUUGGCCCAAACCCAAAAGCUCUACCAAUCCACAUUCUCUUACUGCUUGCCCAGCUUCAAAUCCCUCAACUUCACUGGCUCGCUGAGACUUGGGCCUGUGGCCCAGCCCAAGAGAAUCAAGUUUACCCCUCUUCUCAAAAACCCUAGAAGAUCAUCACUCUACUAUGUUAACUUGGUUGCUAUUAGGGUUGGCCGGAGAAUUGUCGAUAUCCCUCCGGCGGCAUUGGCGUUCAACCCAACUACCGGCGCAGGCACCAUUUUUGAUUCUGGUACGGUAUUCACUCGGCUAGUUGAACCGGCUUACAUAGCCGUCCGAAAUGAGUUCCGUCGACGAGUUGGCCGGAAACUCACCGUGACAACCCUAGGAGGGUUUGACACAUGCUACACUGUCCCAAUAGUUGCACCCAUAAUAACAUUCAUGUUCUCUGGCUUGAAUGUAACACUCCCACCGGAAAACAUCCUCAUACACAGCACCGCCGGCAGCAUCACGUGCUUGGCCAUGGCGGCAGCGGCGCCAGAUAACGUGAGCUCGGUGUUGAACGUGAUAGCCAAUAUGCAACAACAAAACCACCGUGUGCUUUACGACGUGCCCAACUCGAGGCUUGGCGUUGCUCGUGAGCUUUGCACCUAAUAAAUUAAUGGUU